ACAUGGCGAACCACGCGCGCUUCGUGGCGCGCACCGUCAUGGUGCAGGGCGGCAACGUGGAGGCGGCCUACGGCGCGCUCACCAGGAUCCUCACGCACGACGGCCUCAUCGACGACGUGAGGCGGCGCCGCUACUACGAGAAGCCGUGCCGGCGGCGGCAGCGCGUGGCCUACGAGGCGAGCCGCCGCGUGUACAGCGCCGAGAUGGCGCGCAAGCUCGCCUUCCUGGCGCGCGCCGCCCGCCGCGACCCCUGGCUCGGCUGCUAGCCCGAGCGCCGCGCGGCCGCUAAUAAAAGAAGC